CACACAUGGAACAUCAUUCGGGAUCUCAGCAAUCGACUCCCGAAGCGAGUGGGAUGUCUGCGUUGUUCUCAGAGUGUUUGGGGGCGACCGGGGCCGCUCUGUCCCCCCAGACGUGGGUCCUUCUCCUCACUUUCCUUGUCUUGCUGGGCUGGUACAGUGUUUCACCAUUUGGGAUUUUUGAACGGCUUGGAAUUCCAGGGCCAAGGCCAGUGCCAUUCUUGGGAACAUUCUUACAUUACAGAAAAGGUAUUUUUAAAUUUGAUGAAGAAUGCUACAAGAAGUAUGGCAAUAUCUGGGGGAUUUAUGAUGGGCGACGGCCUCUUCUCUGCAUUAUGGAUCCUGACCUGAUUAAAAUUAUCUUCAUAAAAGAAUUCUACACUUUGUUCACCAACAGGCGGGGUUUUGGUCUGAGUGGGCCACUGGAGGACUCUAUCAUAAUUGUCACAGAUGAGCAAUGGAAGAAACUCCGAACUGUGCUUUCACCAAUGUUCACCAGUGGGAGGAUGAAAGAGAUAUUUUCAAUAAUUAAUCACUACACACAAAACCUUGUGAAAAUGGCUGAAAAGAAAGCGAAGCUGAAUGAAGCUGUCAACCUGAAGGAGGUCUUUGGUUCAUACAGUAUGGAUGUAGUCGCUAGUACGUCAUUCAGUCUGGAUAUUGACUCCAUCAAUAAUCCCGACGACCCACUUGUCACCAAUGUCAAGAUAUUUACAGAUUUUUCCUUCUUCAGCCUUGACCUUCUUUUGAUUUUGAUAUUUCCUUUCUUUAUUCCAAUCCUGCAAAAAUUAAAUUGGGGCUUCUUCCCAAAAGGUGUGACUGAAUUUUUCAUAAGAGCUGUGUUAAAUAUGAAGGCAAAGAGGCAAAAAGGCAUACACAACGAUCAGGUGGAUUUUCUGCAGCUGCUGGUUGAUUCUCAAGCAACAGCCACCAACGCAGAUCAGCAGAACGAUGCCAACAAUUCAACACAUAAUGCUCUGACUGACAAGGAGAUUCUGGCACAGUGCAUCUUCUUUAUCUUGGCUGGGUACGAGACCAUCAGUAACACGCUUUCUUACCUUGGGUACAAUCUGGCCAUGCAUCCAGAUGUACAGAAGAACUUGCCCUCUAGACUUCACGAAAGCUUCCCUAUGAAGGCUCCUCCCACAUAUGAUGAUGUGAUGCAGCUGGAGUACCUGGAAAUGGUGAUAUCUGAAACACUGAGGUUGCAUCCUGCUGUUGUCCGUUUGGAAAGAGUCUGCAAGAAAGAUAUCAAGAUCAAUGGGGUGACCAUUCCAAAGAACACUGUAGUUGUGGUGCCUGCUUAUGUCUUGCACCAUGAUCCAAAGUACUGGCAAGAACCUGAAGAGUUCAGACCUGAGAGGUUCAGUAAAGAGGAAAGGCAGUCUCAGAAUCCUUCCAUCUUCCUGCCAUUUGGGAUGGGUCCUCGGAAGUGCGUUGGGAUGCGAUUUGCUCAACUUAUGAUAAAGAUGUCGAUUGUUUCUCUCCUGCAGCACCUGACUUUUGUGCCAUGCAACGAGACACCAAUCCCAUUAGAACUGGAUGUGAAAGGACCCAAGCGUCCGAAAAAACCUAUAAUUUUGAAAUUUGUGUCACGAGUAGAUGCUGAUUCAAAGGAAUAA